AGUCCUGGCAAUCAGGUCACUUUGUGCCUUGGGGCAGCUGCCAAAUGCUGAGUAUUAAAGGAAUCAACACGACUGUGGGGCAGGAGCAACAGGCCGGCAUGAAGGAAAAACAAAUGUUAGAAGAUUCGGAAAUGCACCUCUCAAGGAGAGACACAGAGGCCCUCUUCCAAGAGCAGCCUGAGACUGGGAACCAGUACUUGGAAGACACUUUGCUUCGGAGUUACUUGCAAACACACCUUCCUCCCAAGGUCCUGGAGGAGGUGCAUCAGGACCUGGAGAGGUUUGGAAACCGCCUGCUGACCAAGAUCCAACCUCUGAGCUGGGAAUGUGAGCUGAACCCCCCCGUGUUCCGGCAGUUCGAUGCCUGGGGGCGGCGCGUGGAUCACAUCCACACCUGCUCGGCGUGGAGGAGGAUGAAGGAGAUUUCAGCAGAAGAAGGGCUGAUUGCUGAGGCCUAUGAGAAAAGAUACUCCAACUGGAGCCGCCUGUACCAGGCUGUCAAACUGUACUUGUUCUCAAGCUCCUCUGGAGGUUUCAGCUGUCCACUGGCCAUGACUGAUGGGGCAGCCAAAGUCAUUGAGUCACUGGGUAUUCCUGGAUCUCUGAAAAACGCUUUUGACUGUCUGACAUCCCGGGACCCUGAGAAGUUCUGGACCUCUGGCCAGUGGAUGACUGAGCGAAGGGGUGGCUCUGAUGUAGCAAAUGGCACUGAGACUGUGGCCAGGAAGCAGCCGGAUGGCACCUAUCGCCUGUAUGGAUUUAAGUGGUUCACAUCAGCAGCUGAUUCUGACAUGGCACUGACCCUGGCCAGGAUAGCAGAUGCUGAAGGACAGUGUACCCAGGGCUCCAGAGGCCUGUCCUUGUUCUUCCUGAGGGUUCGGGAUGAGGAGGGGAAGCUGAACAACAUCCAGGUGCAAAGGCUGAAGGACAAGCUGGGCACGAGGCAGAUGGCAACAGCAGAGCUGUGGCUGCAAGGAGCCAGAGCAGAGCUGAUCUCUGCAGAGGGCCGUGGAGUGGCCGCCAUCUCCAACAUGCUGAACAUCACUCGGAUCCACAACGUCAUUGGUGCAGUGGCUUCCAUGAGAAGGAUGGUCAGUCUGAGCAGGGACUACGCCUGCAAGCGUGUGGCCUUUGGGAAGCUCCUCAAGGACCAUCCCCUGCACGUGCAGACAAUAGCCCGGAUGGAGGUGCAGGUGAGAGGGGCUUUUCUGCUGCUCAUGGACAUCGUUCGCCUGCUGGGCCUGGCUGAAACCAACCUGGCAAGUGAGCAGGAGCAGCUGCUGCUGAGGCUGCUCAUCCCAGUGGCCAAACUGUACACAGGGAAGCAGGCUUCUGCCGUGGCUGUUGAGGCAAUGGAGAGUUUUGGGGGCCAAGGUUACAUGGAGGACACAGGCUUGCCUGUCAUACUCCGGGAUGCUCUGGUGCUGUCCAUAUGGGAGGGAACAACCAACAUCCUGUCCCUGGACGUGCUGCGGUCCCUGGCCAAGAGCCAAGGGCAGGUGAUGGCCGUGUUCCUGUCCACAGUGCAGAGAAAGCUGGAGCUGGCUUCAGGCACCGAGGAGCUGUCCCCAGCUGUGCAGAGGGCACGGGAAGCCAUCGGGAGCCUCGGGCAGUUCAUGGCAGCCACGGGCUCAGAGCAGGCACUGACCAUGGAGCUGGCAGCCAGGGACUUCUCCUACAGCCUGGCACGGAUCUACACAGGAGCUCUUCUAAUGGAACACGCGGCUCGGCCCGGCGCUUCCCCCACAGACGUCUGCGCUGCCCUGAGGUGGUGCCACCAGGAGCUGUGUCCCGUGGCCGCGGAGUCAGCGAGGGGCAGCUAUGGGGAUGGGGCAGCGCUCCAGGACAGCGCCCUGGUGUUCGGGAACAGCCGGCUCUGA